ACAACGAACCAACCAUGCUCACGGCCACCUCAAUCUCCUCCACAAUUUUAGCAAAGCAGCGGAGACACUAAGAAAGCAAAGCUCAUCAUCCUUUCCCAGCCUUAUCCUCUUCUUCUUCUUGAUCUCCAUAACCAUCUAGUUGAGCUUCCACCAUAACUCCGAACUCGAAGGAGAUGGGAACUAUCGAGCGCUUCCAAUCCGGUUUCGAGCUCUUCAAGACGGAGGUCUAUGACAAGAAGCCUGAUCUGUUUGGUCCACUGAAGGAGGGCCAAAGCCCCAAGUACCUUGUCUUCGCGUGCUCCGACUCGCGUGUGUGCCCUUCAGUGGUGCUCAAUUUUCAGCCUGGUGAAGCUUUCACCAUCCGCAACAUCGCCAACACAAUCCCUCCCUAUGACCCGGCAGACAUCCUUGCUCAGUUUUCCCUGUCAUGCGAUCUCCGAGUGCUGUCUUUUUUUAUGUUUGAUUCUUCUUCUGUGCAGGUCAAGUAUGGAGGAACUGGAGCGGCCAUUGAGUAUCCUGUGGUCCAUCUCAAGGUGGAGAAUGUAAUUGUGAUCGGGCACAGUCGGUGCGGUGGAAUCAAGGCGCUCUUGUCCACCAAGGACGAUGGCUCCACCAGCACUGCCUUCAUUGAGGACUGGGUGAAGGUUAGUCUGCCGGCAAAGAAGAAGGUGGAGGAGGAGCACGCCUCCCUGCCACUUGAAGAGAAGUUGACCAUAGCAGAGAAGGAGGCAGUUAACUCGUCCCUAGCCAACCUCAAGACAUACCCUUUUGUGACAGAGGCCAUAGAAAAGGGAGCCUUGAAGUUGUUUGGCGCACACUAUGACUUCGUCAAUGGCAAGUUUGAGAUAUGGGAGGCCUAACCUUGCCCUUGGUUUUUAAUGAUGGGAGUCUACUACUGUAUCUAUGUUAUCUUAAUGAACCAGACCAUGGUGUCUAUGCUCUGUGUUGUAUGGCGUUGGACCUUAUGUAUGGGAUGUUAGAUCUUGUAAA